AUGGCAAAUCUCACCACCGUCGCCAAUACCAACAAAACGUCAUCCUUCCUAUCCACAGCUUCUCUUGUCCAUCCGGCAUCGGUGAAUAAAACCUGGAUAAAUAAGAAUAUUUGCGGCAAUCUACUAACCACCGGUAAAAGUAGUAAUGAUGUUAAAACUACAACAAAAGAUACAUUGGUAACGUCUUUGUCGUCGUCCUCCUCAUCAUCGUCAAAUUCGACGACAACGACUGCCAUUUUAAGCUGCUCCACAACACAAUCAUGUACCACAACAACCACAACGACAUUAAGCACCAUAAACAAUCUAUCCAAAUUAUCCGUAACAACUAACAACAACAACAGCAAUCAAUGUUUGACGAACAAAAAAACGAAACAAGAUUCCGAACAACAAAACCACAACCACCACCACCAAAAUAAUCUUAACCAAACAACACAAUCAACAUCCUUAUUGUUAACCCAACAACGUUCAAAUCUCUUAACAUCAACAUCCUCUUCAUCAGCCACAAAUAAUACGUCCACAACAACAACAACGUCGUCGUCAUCAUCAGCAUCUGGUUCCUCGAAUAACACCAGCACCACGACCACAACCAUUACACCAAAUAGCAGUAACACCACCAAUAACAUCACGACGACAACAACCACAAAUUCCUCGUCAUCAUCAUCCAUGAUAAAGACCUCUAGCAAAUUUGUCUAUAAUAAGCCUCAAAAUCAUUAUGAACUCCUACGACAACGUCUCCAUAUGCAACAAGAGUUUGCUCAACUUUUCACCAGUCUGGCUCAACAGCAUCAGCCCUUCGGCUCUGGCUCGGCAUCCAGCAAUCAAGCUGCAGCAGCAGCAGCGGCUUUUAAUAACCCCUCGUUGGGUGCAGCGGCUGCCUCAACGUCAGCAGCUGCAGCCGCUGCUGCUGCGGCAGCUGCCUCCUCAAAUGCUGCAAAGAAUUCGCUGUCAUCAUUUUUACCAUUUUCCAAUUGGUUUUUCUAA